AUGGAAACCUUCCUGGCACCGCGGAGCUCUGACGGUGAGCUGGCUCUCCUGCAGAGCCCAGCCCAGCUGCUCCCGGGCAGGGCGAGCGGUCCUUCCCGCCGCAAGCGGGAGUUCAUGCCCGAGGAGAAGAAGGACACCAUGUACUGGGAGAAGAGGCGCAAGAACAACGAGGCCGCCAAGCGCUCGCGGGAGAAGCGGCGCCUCAACGACUUCGCCAUGGAGAGCCAGCUGGCCGCCCUCAGCGAGGAGAAUGCCCUCCUCAGGACAGAGCUGCUGGCCCUCAAGCUGCGCUUCGGGCUCCUCAGCCCAGACGCCAGCACCUACCAGGGUCAGUCCCUCCAGGGCUUCUUGGGGGUUUGUUUCAGGGGGCGCAGAGCGGCCUCCCCGCGCCUCGAGGCUGAGCCCUUCGCUGGGGAGUCCUGCUUCUUCACAGCCAAGAGCUUCGUGCCAGCAGUGCUGGAGCCAGCUGAUUUCUCCUGCAAAACCUUUGGCUCAUCCAGGAACAUCCUUGGCUGUGACUCAAAGCCAGCGCCCGUGGACAGACCUGGCUUUCAGCAGUCAAAGAGGCUUGAUGCAGCCUUCAGAUCCACGGUUUGCUCCCCACUCCUCAAUUACCACUGCCCAGACAAGUAUGCUUUCCAUUUGCCUUUGCCAGGCAGUGCCUGCUUCUUGUGCCCUUCCCCCUGCCCAGCUGCGAUGAGCAAAGAAAGCACCACAGCUGUCUCGGAUGAAGAUGAUGAGCAACAAGUCCCCAAAAUUUCUCCUCUAACCCCGAGCAGCCUGUCUUGCCCUGCAGAAGAUCACCCAAAGGGCCGAAGCUCUGCUGCCCUACCUCACAAGCUCAGGAUUAAGACCAAAGCCCUCAGCAGCUUGGAGGAGAGUGGCCUGGACUCCCACUGA